ACUGCAUGAGGCACUUCAUGUGCGCGAGCUUGUAUGAACCAUCCUUCCUGGACUGCAGAAACAUCACACGCGACUGAACCGCUUCUUAUUCUGCCACCGCUUUCAUGUCUUACUGUUUGAUCGGAUACUUUUGCUGAAACUGUCAGUAUUAACGUGCACGCAUGAAACAUGGCGCUUAUUUUCGUUUAUGCGCUAAAUAUUUUUCUGCUUUUUGAUUUGAUGGAAGUAAAGCACACAGACUCGUUUAAACGGGAUGCACCGAGGGACAUGCUGGCUGUACAUAUGUUUAAACUGUACGAAAAAUUGAACAAGGAGAGGAAAUCACACCGGGACGAAAAUACAGUUAGGAGCUUCCAGGCACUCCCGGUGUCUUCGUAUGACAAGGUCCUCUUUCAUUUCAAUCUGACCUCUAUGCCUAAAUCAGAGGUGAUCCUAUCUGCAAGCUUACACUUCUUCAAGCAACAUGGCAGGCUACGGCCCUUGAGCUGCCGAAGUUCCAGAGGGCCCUCAAGUCACAGCCAUCACCUGCAGCUUUCAACUCCAGUAAAGCUGAUUCUUCGAGGGAUGUCACAAAAUACGACCUUCAAUGCCUAUUUGGGUAACAUCACAUUGUCACCUCAUAAGAAAGGCCACUGGCAGAUGUCUGACGUGUCCUCGAUUGUCCAAUGGGCUCGUGCUCAAAAUGAGCUCUUAAUUUCAGUGGAAUUUGACUUUGGAGAUAGGCACAAAUGGGAGCAGGAUUGCUUCACGCCUCAUGUUUCGCCUUAUAUUCUUGUUUUUGCCAAUGACCUGGCCAUAAAUGAACCAAACAGCAUCGCCAUGAGCUUGCAGAGGUACAGCCCUGUGGGAGAAGAGAGAGGAAACAGACCACCCUUUGCCAUGCCAAGCUCCAGGAUCAGAAGAGAAGCAGAGCACUUACAGUAUUUCCUUCCUGACGUCCAGUAUGAUGAUCAAAAAAAUAAGGAACUAUGGUAUAACACUUAUUUUGCAUUAAAGCCCAAAACCUUGUCCAAGAGUCAAGGUGGGAGACAAGGUCCUGAAGUCAGAAAUAGAGGAAGUAUAACUCAGGAGCUGAGCUUUGAUAAAAGGACCAUGAAAAAGGCUCGGCGUAAGCAGUGGAGUGAGCCUCGAGUGUGUGCAAGACGUUACCUGAGAGUGGAUUUUGCAGAUAUUGGCUGGAGUGAGUGGAUUCUGGCACCGAAAGCAUUUGAUGCCUACUACUGUGCAGGAGCAUGUGGAUUUCCCAUGCCCAAGGUGGUUCAACCAUCUAAUCAUGCCACCAUCCAAAGCAUUGUGAGGGCAGUGGGGAUUGUUCCUGGAGUUCCUGAGCCUUGCUGCAUUCCUGAGAAGAUGAGUGAACUGGCUGUGCUGUUUCUCGACACUAGUAGAAACAUGGUGCUGAAGCUCUACCCGAACAUGUCUGUGGAGACCUGUGCUUGUCGAUAAAGAUGAUCACCAUUGGCGUUUUGCUACAGAGACUAUGGACAAUCUUUUACAAGACUUCCUUGUGGCUUUGGGAAGGCAAGAUAUGUAUUAGCUGAUCAGAUGUAACCAGACACACAAUUCAGUGGCAGAUUUUUAAAUGUCUGCAUCUAAGAAACUCAAAACAACAAGAAUAAUGCUGUGUGACUUUACAUAAUGUUUUUAUUGGUUUUGUAUACAGUUAGUGUAUUCAUGUAAUAUAAAUAUUACAGAGAAGUAUACCUUAAACUCACAUAGAAAUCUUCUGAAACCACUUGUUCAAAAGAAUAUUUUCCUAAUUUCUUAACAGGCAGCAUUUUAACAUAGUUAAACAAUUACUGAUUCGGCCUUUAAAUCAUUUGUAAACAUUUGGCAUAAAAAUAAAGUAACAAUUUAAC